ACCCUCUGGCAUCCCUAAUUCCCUCAGUGCCCCCCCAAAAUCCCCCUCAGAGCCCACUCCAAACUUCCCAAUCCACUCCUGACCCCUCCAAGGCCCCCUGAUCCCUUCAAGAUCUCCCUAAAUGCCCCUCUGGGGUCAUUCAGAGCCCCCCAGUCCCCUCAGGAGCCCUGCAAGUCCCCUUCAGAGCCAGCUUAUCCAGAGAGAUGCUGUGUUAUUGUUAUCCAAAACACCCUAAACAUUCAUUAAAAUAAAUUAAAAUUAAGCACAGACGAAUUCAAAAUGCUCUCAGUGUUUUGGGUCUAGCAAGGCAAACUGCACUGUUAUUUAAGAAAAGAUGUUCUUUACAGGUCUAAGUCCUUAAAAACAGCCAACAUCUAAGUACAGUUUCUGGUUAAGGUUAUUUGGCGAGUCAUAUUUAGUGUAAUCUUUAUGUUUUCUGCCUUCUUUCAAGAUGAAAUCUGCAAUGAGUAAACGAAAGCUGAAGGACACCUGUGGAGCAAGUGCUGAGUGCAUUUCACAGGUGCAAAAAAUUCUACGUGAAAGGUUCUGUCACCGCCCCAGUGCCACUGGGAAACUGUUUGGGAUUGAAUUCCAGUGCAGACAUUUGCUGGAGCUGCUGAAAAGAACCACCUUGCAUGGAGAGAGUAAUUCUGCCCUCAUCGUAGGGCCCAGGGGAUCAGGGAAGACCACGUUAUUAAAUCACCUCUUAAAACACCUCAGGGGAAUGAAACAAGUCAGAGGGGACCUCUUGGAAGUUCACCUGAAUGGGCUCCUGCAGACGAGUGACAAAGUGGCCCUGAAGGAGAUCACCAGGCAGCUGCAGCUGGAAAACGUGGUGGGGGAUAAAGUCUUUGGCAGUUUUGCUGAAAACCUUGCGUUCCUCCUGGAAGCUUUGAGGAAAGGAGACCGAACCAGCAGCUGCCCAGUGCUGUUUGUCCUGGAUGAGUUCGACCUGUUUGUCCAUCACAAGAACCAGACCCUGCUCUACAACCUCUUUGACAUCUCCCAGUCAGCACAGACUCCAGUGACCAUCAUUGGGCUCACCUGCAGGCAGGAUAUCCUGGAGCUCCUGGAGAAGAGAGUAAAAUCAAGGUUCUCUCACAGACAGAUAUAUUUGAUGAAUUCCUUUGAUUUUAAACAGUACAUUAAGAUAUUUAAGGAGCAGCUUUCCCUUCCUGCUGAAUUUCCUGACGAGCCUUUUGCACAGAAAUGGAAUGACAAUAUUCAGCAUCUCUCAGAGGAUAAAAUUGUGCAGGACGUGCUGCAGAACCUCUUCCACCACACCAAGGACCUGCGCUCGCUCUAUUUCCUCUUGAUGCUGGCUGUCAGUGCAGUGACCGUGCACCACCCCCUGCUCACGGCUGCAGACCUGCAGGAGGCCAGCAGGCAGCACAGCACCGACUCCAAGGCCAACAUCGUGCAUGGUUUGUCCGUGCUGGAAAUCUGCCUCAUCAUAGCCAUGAAACACCUGAAUGAUGUGUACGAUGGAGAACCCUUUAACUUCCAGAUGGUUUACAAUGAGUUCCAGAAGUUCAUCCAGAGGAAAGCACACUCCAUGUACAACUUCGAAAAGCCAGUUGUCAUGAAGGCCUUUGAACACUUGCUGCAGCUGGAGUUGGUGAAGCCCCUGGAAAGGCCGUCGGCGCGAGCGCAGCGGGAAUAUCUCCUGAUGAGGCUGCUGCUGGACAACACCCAGAUCAUGGAUGCCCUGCAGGUGUAUCCCAACUGCCCCACGGACGUGAAGCAGUGGGCAGCCUCCUCCCUCAGCUGGCUCUGAGCUCCUGGCACAGCACAGCUCCAGCAGGGAAGUGCCAGUGCCAGUGCCAGGAACGUUACCCACAGGAGUGUGUUCGGAUUAAUGAAUCCUUGGAAGAAGCCUCCUGUGCUGAUCCAUCUGGGAUGGAUUUGAAGGAGAACUACGCCGAUGUUGUCUCCCAGUGGCCAAAACUGUGACUGACUCCAAGGCUCAGGUGGUUUAGCUCGGCCCGGUGCCAACUUCUGCUCAUUGCACACAGUCUCCACUUGGAGAAAUCCAACUCCUUGGAGUUUCUCCCUCUGGAUCCUGGCUCAGGACACGGUGCCCUCCCCGUUCCGGUGUGGCCCUGGCAGUCCUGCAGCACAGCCACACCCACCCACCUGUACUUCCCCUCCUCAAAUCUCACUUGACCUGGAAAAUUUACUCAAUUAAAUCUGUAAUCACAGCAAAAUUUACCUAAUUAAACCUCUUAAUCCCAACAA